CGAAGCAGAGAUGGCUGCCCGGGCACCGCUGCUGCUGCUGCUGCUGCUGCUGCUGCUGCUGCAGCUGCUCUGCUCCGGACACUGCCACGGCCUCGGCAGGCCUGGGUUUGUGCUGACGGCGCCCAAGAGACUGCUGUCCGGCAGCACUGAGCGGUUGUGCUUGUCUUUGCACGGGGUGUCCGGACCAGCAAGAGUCAACAUCUCGCUCCUGCAUCUCACCUCCGACCAGCAGAUAUGCUCCACCAAGAGCCUCCUGCAACGCGCGGAGCUGGGCGGGGCGUGCCUGAAGCUGAGGGUGCCGCCGACCGCGGAGACGGGCGGCCGCCUGCACCUGCAGGUGCGCUUCGACCACCGGCCUGAGUACGUGGUCAGCAGCGUGAAGGAGGUCGCCCUGCAGCGGGACCCCCUGCUCGUCCUCGAGCAGACGGACAAGCCCGUCUACAAGGGCGGCCAGACCGUCCGCUUCAGGGUGCUGGCCCUGCGGCACGACCUCUCGCCCGUCGCGGACCAGAUCCGGAAGGUGUGGCUGGAGAACCCUGCACGGCUCGUGGUGGCCCAGUGGCUGAACACGUCCACCAGACUGGGUCUGGCAGAGUUCAGCUUCCCGCUGUCCCCCGAGCCGCAGAUCGGCACGUGGCACGUUGCCGUGCAGCACGGGAGCCCGGGUCCCGCGCGGCGCACAGGCUUCCAGGUGCUGGAGUACGUUCUGCCCAGGUUCCAGGUGACGGUGCGGCCGCCCGCCUUCGUCCUCGCCGACGCCGAGCUGCUCCAGUGGGAGGUGUGUGCCAGGUAUAGCUACGGCCAGCCAGUUAAGGGAGUUCUGCACGUGAAAGCGACGCCUGUAACACCGACAUGGAGAAGAAACAUGACUAGGUCCUUGGAUGUGUACUUCACCAGCAAGCUGCGGGGCGAGGACGGGUGCGAGCUGGUGAUCCUGCCCGGGGCGGACCUGGGCCUGGGCAGCCCGGAGCUGGCCCCCAGCCACGUGGCGCUGAGCGCGGUCGUGACGGAGGAGGGCACGGGCGCGGAGGGCAACGCCUCGGCCACCAGCGCUGUGCUGCACCGGGCCCUGCGGCUGAGCUUCCUGCCGCGCAGCGCGCGCCACUUCAGGCCGGGGCUGCCGUACAAGGGCGAGCUGAAGGUGUCGCGCCAGGACGGCGAGCCGGCGGCGUCGGAGCCCGUGCAGGUGUGCAUGAAGGCCCAGAAGGAGGGGGAGCUGGUGCGCUCUGUCGUGGCCUGCGCAAACUUCACAUCCGACUCCGUGGGGUUCGUCGAGUUCCACGUUCCACCCCAGCCCGCCUCCGUGUUGCUGCUGUCUUUCGUGGCAACUGCAGUGAACUACAGAACCAAGUACUACUCGCCGGACAAGAGGUGGCGAGUGCUCAUGGAGCAGCCCAGUGCGUUCUUCGACGUGCAGCCGUGGUUCUCACCUUCAGGCAGUUACCUAGUCAUCACCGAGAGUGGGAAAGCAGCAGAGUGUGGGGCGACCCACUCUUUCCAAGUGUUCUACACCUCGGAUAACGUCAGCAGCUCGUCGCAAAACACCUUCCACUACCUAGUCCAGUCGAGGGGCGACGUCGUCCACCGUGGCCAGACGACCAGCCGCGGCGAGACGGAGCAGCCCAGGCUGUACACGAGGUUCAGCAACAUCCUGGGCGCGCAGGGCGACCGCAUGGCGCUGGAGCGGACCACUAGGUCCUUCUCGGUGCGCGUCCCGGUGACGGCCCCCAUGUCCCCGCUGGCCCAGCUGCUGGUGUACUGGGUGCGGGCCGACGGCGAGCUGGUCGCGGCCUCCCACCUGCUGCGCGUCGACCAGUGCUUCCACAACAAGGUGAAAGCAGAGUUUCUGAAGCAACGAGCUCUCCCCGGGGAGGAGGUUCUUGUGCGGGUAACAGCCUCGCCUGCUUCGCUGUGCGCCGUCACGGCGGUUGACGACAGCACCGGCUAUGUGACCAGCACCGGCCCUGACCGCCUGGACUCCAGGCUGGUGUUCCAGCAGCUUGAUCGCUUCCAUGUGGAGCGUGGUGAUCGGCCACGCCAGGUGGAUGAAUUCGAGUACUGCAGCAAGAAGCAGGAGCAAGAGGCAGAGGAGGAGCUCGAGCCCCCGGACUGGGACCUUCGUCGUCGUCGCCGGUCGCUGGUCGGCUUCCCCACCUCCACAUACGCAGACUCGCUGCAGGCUUUCGAAGACUUUGGCGCUGUGGUGCUGAGUGACCUGACGCUGGAGACUCGGCCGUGCUUCGCCAAGCCCUUUGACAAGUAUUAUGGUUUUCUGCCGGGUGUGGAUCGUUCAAUGGGAUUCCUUCCUGGGAUGGACAUAGCUGACAAGGUCCCUCUGAGCUCAAACCCGAUGAACGCCAUGUCGCCACCAGCGUACCCACUGACGUACGGAAACUCCGUAAGAACCACAGUCCCCAUGGACGCAGCCCAUCAGUCCCAGGUGGAAGUCAGGACGUUCUUCCCCGAGACGUGGCUUUGGGAGCUGGUGCACGUUGGGUCGGAAGGCAGUGCCGUGCUGCAGAGGCAGUUGCCGCACACCGUCACGGACUGGGUGGCCAGCACCUUCUGCAUUUCCCCGCACACCGGCCUCGGGGUGUCCGCUCCGACCACAGUCCACGCCUUCCAGCCCUUCUUCCUGGACUUCACCGCCCCCUUCUCCGUCAAGAGGACGGAAGUAUUCCAGCUGAAGGUGUCGCUGUUCAACUACUUGCCUCACAGUCUGCCGGUGAGGGUGAGCCUGGAGCAGUCGGCAGGGGUGUCCUUGGUGGUGGGGCAGGGGUCGGCGGUGUCGUGCGUGCAAGAAGGGGCCAGCUGGGUGGUCUCCUUCGCGGUGAGGCUGGGCGGGCUGGGCAGGGUGGACGUCACCGUCUCCGCGGAGGUGGAGCCGGGCUACGACGGCGCCUGCGGCCCGGACGCACUGCCGCUGGCCAGGGACACAAUUGUAAAGCAAGUGUUGGUGAAGCCAGAAGGCUUCUCGGUACAGAAGACAAAAUCAGCUCUGUUUUGCCCCGCAGACUUCUUGAAUGAUACGAGUGCCACCUGGAAUUUGGAUGUGCCAGCGGAUGUGGUGUCGGAUUCAGCCAGUGCAACCGUCAGUGUUGUAGCGGACAUCAUGGGACCAACUCUCGAAAACCUGGACAACCUAGUGCGGUUGCCGAAAGGGUGUGGGGAACAGAACAUGGUGCUGUUCACUCCCAACAUCCACGUGAUCGACUACCUCAACGCCACUAACCAGCACAAUCCCAUCAUAUAUUCUCAAGCUAUUUCCAACUUGAAGAAAGGAUACCAGAGGCAGUUGAACUACCGCCACAAGGAUGGUUCGUACUCUGCGUUCGGCAGCGCUGACGACACGGGCUCGAUGUGGCUGACUGCGUUCGUGGUGAAGUCCUUCGCGCAGGCACGGCGGCACAUCUUCCUGGACGAGGAGGCCGUGCGUCUGGCUGCCGGGUGGAUCUCCUCCAAGCAGCUCGAGAACGGGUGCUUCCCUGUGAUUGGCCAGGUGAUCCACGAGAACAUGAGGGGCGGCCUGACGACCGAGGCCUCCUCCGCUGCCCUCACCGCGUACGUGGUGUCUGCCCUGCUGGAGGCGGGGGUGCCCCUCAGCCCCGCCGCGGCCAGCAACGCAGUGUUCUGCCUGCGGGGCGACAGGGAGCCCAACGUGUACACCUUGGCGCUCACCACGUACGCGUUCUCGCUGCUGGGCGCGAGGCAGCUGGCAGAAGAGUCGCUCCGUCACCUGCUGGCAGCAGGCAACGAAGACGGUGAUCUGCUGUGGUGGGAGGUGGCAGGAGCCAACUCACUGGCCCUGGACAUCGAGACCACAGCGUAUGCUCUGCUGACACUGGUGAAGCUGGGAGGAGAGGCAAACACGAUAAGUGCUCUGAAGGUCGUCAGAUGGAUCUCGAGGCACAGGAACGCUGAUGGAGGCUUCGUCUCUACGCAGGAUACUGUGAUGGCCCUGGAAGCACUCGCCAAGUACGCCACGGCGAUCCCCUCCCAGAACAUCAACCUGGACGUCCUGGUCACUGCCCAGGACUUCCACCACAGGUUCCAGGUGCGGCAACACGACAGGCUCCUCCUCAAACAGCAGCGGCUGCCGACGCUGCCGACACAAGUCAACAUACUAGCAGACGGCAGGGGCUGUGCUCUUGUACAGGCGCAGCUGCAGUACAGCGUGCCGGCGCGGUCGGGCCGCGAGGCCUUCGCGCUGGCAGUAUCCACGCGCCCCGUGGCCUCCGUGGACGAGUGCGCGGUGCAGGGGCUGGAGGUGUGCCUGAGCUACAAGCCCGCCGGCCGGGCCAGCAUGGUGGUGCUGGAGGUGGGCCUGGUGACGGGGUUCCGGCCGGACAGGGACUCCCUCCACCGGCUCGCCCGGGACGCUCGGCUGGGCCUCAAGCGGUGGGAGGAGCAGGAGGAGCAGGUGAACUUCUACUUCGAGGACGUGGGCCGGCGCCAGCGGUGCGUGAUCUUCCAGGUGGUCCGCGAGCUGCAGGUGGACAACCCUGCGCCGGCCACCGUCACCGUGUACGACUACUACCGCACCGAGAUGUCUGCGUCCUCCACAUACAACAUGCAAGUUGGCUGCAAAUCUGAAAAGUUGCCGAACCCACAACCGGAUGCUGAUUGGCUAGUCUCAAGAAUAUCCACUAACACUACAACUAGUGAAACAACUUCAGCAAGCGCAGGGCCGACCAUGAUUCAAGCAGAUUCUGGCCAACAGCCCACUAGUAACGGAAACUCUACGACCACGGGACUGAAUCCACAGUUUGUGGACGUGGACCACGAGCUGUCCACCCCUGAGGGCCAGGAGGGCCCACAACCGGUUUAUGUCCGUCCGUCGGGGUACAUGGCCACAGAGGCCCGGGGCGGCUGCCCGCUGUGCGCGCGGCUGGACUCGCGGCUCUUCGCCGGCCAGUACUGCAGCUCGGGGGCCGCCUACCAGCUGGCGGUGGGGGCCGGCGGCGCUGCCACGGUGCAGCUGGCGCUCCCGCCCGGGAGGCCCCCGCGCCGGCAGCAGCGGCCGCUGGGGAUCCUCCUACCGGCCGGCUGCUCCUGCCCGCCCCUCCGCGCAGAGGGCAGCCGCGUGAUGCUGCUGAGUCCCCGGCCGCUGCCCGGUGCCUCGGUGCAGCUCGGCCCCGCUCACACCGUGCUGAGCCUGCCCGCGGGGCCCGGCCGACCGGAGGCUCUCAGGGCUGCCCGGAGGACCUGCCCCACGUAGCGGGCACCCCUGCUCCGGCUGCUGUCUGGCUGUCGUUUCUUUCAACGCUCCUUGUGCAAAACACCCUCGUAUUGUUCAUAUUCAUCAAAUAUAGUGUUGGGUCAAUUUAGAUUCUGGAAUUGGCAUAUUCCAUCGAUUCCAAUGGUAUUGAAGGAUUCAAAAGUCCAAUUUUUUUUUUUUUUUGGAAUCGAAGAUAGUUUAUUUUUUCCCCUACAGCAAAAUCUUGAAAUUUGGAUUUUUAUUUUUAAUUGAUUCGGCAAAAUUUUAAAUAAGGAUUUUCUUCUGGCUAGUCUGGUGAUACUACACUAAUGGGUAGACGUCACACUAACCAGCACUAAUCAGCCAAUAUUCCACUAAUCUGCUGAUACCCCAUUAAUCAGAGAUAUGGUUUUUUGACAGGUGAUUCCUGACUAAUUAGACCUGUUUGAUUAAUCAGGAUUUUACUUUUUUUUUUAUUUAUCAGUAUUUAGAUUAGGGUAUUGAGCCAAUUUACCACAAGUCUUGUUAGUUUUGAUGAGUUUUGGGUAAUUUUAACAUAAAUUUUUUUAAAUAAAUUCAAAGCAGUCAUGAGGACUGCUGACAGAAGUGAAAACAUUUUCGCAAUUUUCAUGAAAAAAAAUUAUCACACAACAAAUUUGUUUUAUCACGUUAGUAAAAUAACUCCUAAAUUACUAUAAAAUAUGCAUUGCAUAGUAAUUGUAGGUAUAAAAAAAAUAAUGAUGUUCUUAAUUUUUAGGUUAUAUUGCUACAAAGACUCAGUUUUCUUCGUUAUUCAAACUAGUAUAUAUUUAGAUGAGAAUAUUAAUAUAUUUUAUAGGUACUCACUUUUUACUGCACAGUAAUUGUAUACUUAAGAUUUAAAAGCGCAAUAAGUUAUACUAAUAGGAACCGAUAUAGUGUUAUUGUUAACACGUCACGUGACCAUGUCGAUGAUGACUUACAUGAAUUUACUCCCUAUCCAAACCUUCCCAUAGAAGUUUUCACUUCAAACAAGGAAUUGAUGUGUAUGUGAUGCAAAGCUGUAUAAUUAAUAUACUGUAUUUGAUUUUGAAAAUACAGUAUGUAUAAAACUUUGAGGAACAUUGUUCCCAGGAGCAAUUGUGUGUAACGUAUCUAGGUAAUUGUAUUUUAAUUAGUGAUGGUUCGAAUCCCAUUUUUCUCGAAUCCGAAUCCCAAACAGUACCUCGAAUCCACCCCUUGAAUCCGAAUCCAGUUCUCAAGGGUUAAUUAUAAAAUAAUUUAUAAGUUAAGAGAAAAAAUUAAACAUUAUGCAGAAUUAUUUAACCCUUUAAAUUUUUAUUUAAAAAAACAAGGAUUUUGACACGGUCUGGAUCAAGACGAUUCCGUUUUUGGUCACAUAUGUUUCCUGCAGUGCUGAACAAAUGUUCAGAGAACACUGUCGAAGGUGGUGAACACAAAUAUUUUUUGGACAGUUUAUGUAGCCUGGGUGAACACGCAGACUGAGUUUUCCAGUAUUCGAGAAUGUUUAUUUCUGGGUUAACUGUAGGAUCACAUAAUAAUCUGGUCACUUCAUCAAUUGCUGUAGAAUCCGACUUGGUGGAUUUAAGGCAUUCAGGCAUUAUCUGUGAGUACAGUGAUUCAUGUAUCCACGGAAAUCGGAAAACGAAAUUCAACAUUCAACGGAAAAAUAUUUUGUAGUUACCAACUUGACAUUUGUUUAAAGUCCCAAAUGAAGGUAAACGCUUUCCUGAAAUAUUUAAUGGAAACUGGAAGGCACCAUCUUGUCUUCAAUGGUUUUAGGCCAUAAGAAAUAUUGUCGUGCGUCUUUUAAAAUUAAGCCUCACUAAAGCAUAGUGAUUAAUAUGCCCGAAGUUAAAAGUGACGGGGUGUUUUCUCUAGUUUACCCAUUAAAUUUUUUUAUAUUAAUAUUAGUUAUUUUUUAUGUUGCUCAAAAUGAUUGGCUAACAAAUUCAUUGGUUGGCCAUCAUGGAAUUCUCAGAUAAUACAUAUUUUAACGUUGGUAGUCUACACAAACCAAACUUGGUCCUAAAAAAAUUCAUAAUUAGAAUGUGUAUCAGAAUAUUUAAAAUUGAAUUGCGAUUAAAAUACAUGUGUACAAAUACAAAUACAAAUGCAUCCAUGUUCAUGAAUAUAAAGUAAGUUUCCCAAAUCAGUACAUGCUUCAUAAUUUUUUUUAAUAUAAUAAUGAAUUAAAAGUACAAUACAGUAGAACCUCGUUAAUCCGUGAUGCACUAAUUCGGGAAUCGGGUAAUCCGGGACGAUUUAAAAGAGAAGAAAAAAAAGAGAAGUAAAAAUUGUCAGCGCUUAAAAUUAACGUCACGCGGGCCGGUGGCCGGCAAACACUACAAGCCAUCGCGUGGGCCGCCAAACUCUGCAACGCUGUUUGUACCGACCCUUUGUGUCGCCCCCCCCCCUUUCAGCUGUCACAUUUGUCACUCUUAAAACUUGAAGGGGAUGUCCUGACUUCUGCUUCCCGUCUCCCUUUGUUUGUUUCCACCCGCCAACGCACGGCAGGCGCCUGGCGAGUGACGUGUCUGGCUGGCAUUCGGCUGUACGAUGUGGAGGGGGGGGUGCAAGGUCAGCACGAUCUUAUCUUUCUCUCUUCGGCUGUUGUAAAUGACCGUGAACUAAUGGCUAGGCAGUGCUGUAUUUCUCUAAGCCGAGACACUAAUUCGAAAACGGCCGGCCCUUACCGUGAACGGCCUUAACCCAGCUGCACGCCGGUGUCUGAGAAGCAUGACAAGACCUUCCGGGCUUUUAAUAGCUAGUCCGUGAAAUUCGGUAAUCCGUGAUUAUCUCGGUCCCGACCAUCACGUAUUAACGAGGUUCUACUGUACCUCAAUAGGAUGUGUUCCAAGGAAAACGUAAACAGGCCAAGUAAAUUGUAAGCAUUUAAGUUUUUAAAGUACUACAUUUACAUCAAUAUUUUUCCUCGAAUCCCGAAUCUUUUCCCUCGAAUUUCGAAUCUUUAGAAUACUAGAGAUUCGGUGGGAUUCGAGGAUUGACCGGCCCAUCCCUAAUUUUAAUGUAAAAUAUUAAAACAAAGUGAGCAGUUGAAUUUGUUUGUAAUGCAAAACUAUAGCAAAACAUAUCUGAUUUUAAAAAAAAAAUUGUAAAACUAAGAUAUAAAUUGGAUAAGGAAUAAGAGACAAUUACCACAUUAUUUUAUUACAAGUUUUAUCACCCCACAAUUCCAUAAUUCUCUUAAUGUUUUAGUAAGCAUUUACCCUAUUUUUAAUUCAAUGAUAAAAUGUAAUUUUGUCACAAUAUAAAAAUACAGAAAUUUUAUGUAUAUGAAAUUAUAGUAAUCUGUCUUGAUUAAGCAUUUAUUAAUAGCAAUAGUUGUAAGAAAACAAUGCAUAAUUAUUUAUUUCUAAUUAUAUGUAUAAAUAACAAACAGGUUUUUGUAUCAGAGUAUAUACAUAAAUAAGGAAUAGUAAUACAUUGAGAAUCAUUAAAGAAUUGAAUUCCAAAUAUGAGAAUCAAAAUAAAACAUGUUUUAGUGACUAGACAAUAUUAGGAGUUAUAUUAAAAUAACUUAUAAAUUUUUAGUUUUACCAUUACAGAAUGAAGAUUAAAGUAGUCAUGAUUAAUAUUGCAUCAUAUAUGUACGUAUAUUAAAUAUUCCUCUGAGUAACUACUUGGCAAUUGCAUUGCAUUAAUAUAUAAAAUAAAUUUCACACUGUUGUUAAUUUAAGAACGCAUUCAUAAUAAUAAAUAUUUUUACACAACACA